UCUCCAAGCUCAAAGGAAUAUCUCACUGCCUACGUCCCUUGCAAUGGCUUCGAAAAGACUUGCAUAUGUACUUUCAGCCAUCCUUUUCCUUCUCCAACUCCACUUCUCUGCCGGGCAGACGACUGUCGUGAAAGCCGCAUACUGGUUUUCCGGCAGUGGAUUGACAGUUUCCGGCAUAGAUUCCACCCUUUUCACCCAUCUCUUUUGUGCUUUUGCCGAUCUCAACCCCACCACCUACAAAGUCACCAUUUCUUCCUCAAACUUGCCUCAAUUCUCAACCUUCACCCAAAUCGUUCAACAAAAGAACCCUUCAGUCAAAACCCUUUUAUCUAUCGGCGGAGGAAACUCUAGUCCUUCAUCCUUUGCUUCAAUGGCCAGCCAAAACAGUAGCCGUAAAUCAUUCAUAGAUUCCUCCAUACAGCUGGCUAGGAAUUACAGCUUCCAUGGCCUCGACCUCGACUGGGAGUACCCCUCCUCGGCCACGGAAAUGACCAACCUCGGCUUACUCCUCACCGAAUGGCGAGCAGCCAUCGCCAAGGACUCCACUACCACCGGCAAGACAGCGUUGCUUCUAUCCGCAGCAUUCUUUUACAAUUCAAACUAUUACACGGUGAAUUAUCCCUUUCAGGCCAUAUCAAAAAGCAUGGACUGGAUCAACCUAAUGGCCUAUGACUUCUAUGGCCCCGGCUGGUCACCCAAUGUGACUGGACCGCCUGCCGCACUGUACAAUCCGACAAGCCAAGUCAGCGGCGAUACCGGCAUCAGAAAUUGGAUUCAGGCAGGCGUGGCAGCCAAGAAAUUAGUCCUCGGCUUUCCGUUUUACGGCUAUGCAUGGCGUCUAGUAAAUGCAAAUAACCACCGAAUAUUUUCUCCGGCUAAUGGGGCGGCUAUAUCCUCAGACGGGUCCAUAACUUAUAGCGGAAUCAAGGAUUUCAUAACCCAGAAUAGCGCCACGGCAGUGUUCAAUUCAACGAUUGUUACAGACUAUUGCUAUUCCGGGACGACGUGGAUUGGUUAUGAUGAUACGACCAGUAUCUCUACUAAGGUUACAUACGCUAAGGGAAAGGGAUUGCUCGGUUACUUUGCAUGGCAUGUGGGCGCUGACAAAAAUUUCACUCUUUCUCGGAAUGCCUCAAUUACAUGGGGAUGAGCGUAGAGAUAUAGGGAUCAAGAAUAAGGCCAAACAUCAUAAUGAUAUAUAUGUGUACGUAAUAAGCUCUAAUU